AGGCUGGGUUGGGAAGGCCUGUCUGAGGUGCUGUCGCCCAGCCCCCGGACCAUGAAGUGUGUGAUUGGGGGGACCCACCUCAGAGUGUUUGGACGAGCAAUACAUGCCAUAGCACGAAUUAGUGAUGAGUUUUGGUUUGACCCAAAUGAAAAAGGUCUUGCUCUAAGAUCAGUGAAUUCUUCUAUGUCAGCGUAUGCAUGUGUCUUCUUUUCAUCUAUGUUUUUUCAACAUUACUGCUGGACAGCUGAACCUGAACUGUGUCAGAAAAAAAGACAGUUACACCUUACGUGUAAAUUAGUAAUGAAGUCAGUCCUCCCUGUGUUUAGAUGUCUAAACACACUAGAAAGGAAUGUAGAGAAGUGCAACAUUUAUACAAAUGUUAAUGAUUGUCAUAUAACUUUUAAGCUCUUCUGCAAACAUGGUAUUGUAAAAACUCAUAACCUGGCUUUUCAUGAAUGUGAACCUUUACAAGCUGUUUUUUCAAGGCCUAUGUGUCCUAAUGUACUGAAGAUCCAAUCAAGGCUGCUGACUGAUGUAAUGAUUCAUUUUCCAACCUGUCAAGAGGAAGUAACUGUAGCUGUUACACCAAUGAAAGUUUGUUUCAAGAGUUAUACUGAGGAAGAAAUCGAUUUUUCAAAGGCAAUGCACACUAAAAUACAUCUUAAUCCAGAUGAAUUUGACUACUUUCAAAUUGGAGUAGACUCUGAAGUAACGUUUUGCCUUAAAGAACUGAGGGGUCUACUAUUAUUUGCAGAGGCUACUAGCGCUACUGUCUCAAUUCAUUUUGAUGUGUCUGGAAAACCAAUUGCUUUCAGUAUUGAGGACAUGAUGGUAGAAGCCAGCUUUGUUUUGGCUACAUUAGCUGACAUUGAAAAUAGGGAAUCCUCUCAGCAAUCUCUAUGCCUUUCACAAAGACAGAAAAGGCCUACCUUGAUGAAGGCCUAUGCAGAUAAUGUUGAAAAUGUCUCAAACAACUCUGCAGAUAAUGAUAGUAAUAAAGAAACAAUAGCUUCAAAAAAGCCUUGUUGGACUGAAAGAGCACAUAGCAACACGCAGUCACCUGUGGAGUCUAGGAAACCUCUGUCAAAAGGAGCUAUUAUUCCCAUAAUCUCAAAAAAAGACAUGAAGAACAUAGAAGUAUUGGACAUGAGUGCAGCAGGUGACAUUAAAAUUGUGGAGGCAGUAGUACCCUCAUAUUCUGAUCAGUACAAGUUUCAUUCACUUUUCUUUGGAGCAGUUUCAUUUAAGGAGCAAGAUGUCAUCAGCCACACACUCCAUAGUUUGGCCACAGCUAGUGAUGCCGAAGAGGAUUUUGACAAUGAGCAGCUCUCCCACGUUGUCUAGGGAUACGUAGUGCCUGUACAACCGUUGCACAGAUGUUUACAUUCUCUUUAGGUAUUAAAGUGUAUUUUACAUGCAUAAUGAAUAGCUAUGGUCUAUUUUAUAAACUUGUUGCAACACUUCCAUUAUGGAAAUUUCCUAGGGUUUUCUAUUUUUAGAUUACAUAGAAAUUAGAACAGUAAAUAGAAACUGCUGUUGAUAUUUGUAUUUUAUAUUCUAGCCUAUUACUAGUGUUAGUGAUUUUGAGUUUAACACCUAAGAAGGCUAGAGUUUCAAGCUCAAGUGAACAGAGCUUGUUUGAUUGUGCAGGUUCCCUCUUCUGCAAUAAAAAUACAUAAAAGGGACUGGUUAAGACUCUUCAAUGAUUCAGUGUUUUAUCAUUUCCUGUUAUAGUCACAGGUUAAAACAUGUAAAUAUUUACAUAUUCCAACUUAUGUGGAAGUUUAACAAAUAUGUAAUAUGUAUCCAUAAAGCUUUAAGCAUGAGUG